ACCUAUUACAAAGAAAUUCCGAACAGGCAAUUAUCUAAUCAAGCAGGAGCUCGUACAGAAGCAACCCACCAAAAGAAAUACAAGAAACUUGAAACUUUUAUUUGCUGCUAAUGAUUGUAGAUGGUUCUUGGCCACAGCCUUUGAAGAGGAGAAGAUUCACGAGCAUUGAUUCCAUGGAGGCUGCAUCAGCCAAGCAUCUAAUAGAACAACAGCUAAAUUUGGCUAAGCUUGUUGCUGCAAAAGAGAAAUUUGGACGAGAAAUUCGUGUCUUUGAAACUGCAGGACUGUUGUCAACACAAAAUGAAGUGUCCAACACUGAGGAGUCAGAUGACUUCUAUGAGUUCACUGCAGAAGAUUAUUGUCGACUAAUGGCAACUAAAAAGGAAGAUAAGUUCUUGAAGACACGAAAAAUUCGAGAAGCAGAAGAGGCAGCACGGAGAUCAAGAAUAACAAAGGCUGUGAUAAGGGUUCGCUUUCCUGAUAACCAUACGUUGGAGGUCAUAUUUCAUCCAUCAGAGACAAUUCAGAGCUUGGUUGACUUCAUCACGAAAGUGAUUGCUCAACCAGAUUUACCAUUCUAUUUGUAUACUACUCCUCCUAAGAAGCAAAUAAAGGACAUGACACAGGAUUUUUUCUCUGCUGGUUUCAUUCCUGGUGCAAUUGUGUAUUUUUCGUAUGAUCUGCCAAAAGGUGAUGAUGCUGCAGCUGCAAAUUCAGCUCCCUUCCUUCAAGAUGAGAUCAUGUCUUUGAAAGGUUUGGACGUCAUCGCUGAGCAUCCAGAGCCAGAUCAAUCUGCCCCAGAACCUGCUGCAGCCAGUGCAGUACCCUCCCCUCUUGUGCAAGAGACAAAGCCUACCGAGAAAAAACCUGCCAAGCCAAAGUGGUUUAAAAUGUGAUUUGAUCACUGCAAGAGUGAGCUCCUUAUUCCCUUUUCGCGCUUAUGUUCCAUUUUGAGAGGUGUGAUUCCCCAUCCAUGUCUCCAUAGUGAUACCGAAUCUUAGCCUUGCUACUGUAGGCGAGCUCCGGCAUGUGAUCUCAACAGUCUUAGACUUCAACAAGCAGUUUGUAAUGCCAGAUCAAAGGAGAAAGUUGUUAAAUGGUGUCUUAACAGGUGACUCUUUUCAUAUGGCAACCAUUUGUGGAGGAUGUUAGUACUUGCAAAGUCAGAUGUGAAUAUUUUUCUCCGUUAA